AAAUUCACUUGUGGUCAACUGGAUAGAUAUCGUUUUAUCGCAGCACCAGUCCAGAUCGGAGAUCAAUUACCGGAAAACAGCCAUGGAUCUCGACGGUAGUCCUUCAAAACCUAAAGCAAGAAAGGUCAAAUUUGCUCCUAAAGGACCUCCUCCUCGUCGUAAGCUCCCCGUUGCCCCUAAAACGGAGGAAGAGAUUGAUGCAAGGGAUGAGGAAGCUGCACAAGCACUCUUUCGUAGAGCCAAUGAGCGACGUGGAAAACGAGAACCUAAAGUCGACAAAAAAUCAUCAGUGCAUGUUGCUUUUGGUGGGAGAUCUGAAACUUCAACUUCUUUAACUAAAUGGGGAAGGCCCAAGGAAGGAAUUUUUAGUAAAACUGAGGAUCUAGUAUUACAUGAUUCCGCCCAAAGCUACAAGCAAAACACUGUUUCUUCCCUUUUAAAUUCUGCCACAGAUGAAACUGGAGGAGGUCCAUUAGUCUGCUUUGAUACAUCACAUCAGAAACUUGAAAAGGAUUACAUAGAGCCCUGGGAUUACAACCACUCAUUUUAUCCUGUCACUCUUCCCUUAAGGAGGCCUUAUUCUGGAGAUCCAGAAAUUCUUGAUCAAGCUGAAUUUGGGGAAGGUGGACCUGCCAAGGAGUAUGAUGAAGAGCUCACAAAUUCUGCUGCGGAGCUUGGGUUGCUGACUGAAAACAAGGAUACCCAGAUGCUUUUUUUCCAGCUUCCUCCUAAUCUGCCACUAUUCAGGAGUCGGGCUGGUGCAGAUGCUACAGUUGACAACUCAAAGAUAUCUGAGAGUGAAAGUGCUUUGUGCACUGGAAGGGAGCAAGAAACUGCUAGAAGCUUAACACCAUUGCGAGGAGCAGAUGCUUUAGCUAAAGCAAAGGGAAAAGAGAAAGUUGGCCAAGGGGGUACAGGUAUUUCACAUGGUGUUUCACCUGCUUUAAAGGGGGUGGAAAUCAUUGGCAGGUCCAUGCUAUCAAGGAAGAAAAAUGAACAUUUGGAAAACUUACCAGCAGGAUACAUGGGGAAAAUGUUAGUUUACAAGAAUGGGGCAAUUAAACUAAAGCUGGGAGACAUCUUAUAUGAUGUUUCUGCUGGUUCCAGUUGCAACUUUGCUCAAGAUGUUGCAGCUAUCAAUACAGUUGAUAAAGAAUGUUGCUUUCUUGGAGAAAUCGGGAAGCGAGCUGUUGUAACACCUGACCAAUCCCUUUAUGACAAUGUGAUUGACUUAACAUAAGGGUAUCAAGUUUCAAUUUUAUGGUUAAUUGUUACUACGGUAACAGUGUACAGGGCAGAGCUUUUACUGUGCAUUGUUACUAAGGUAAUGGUGUACAGGCAAAUCAAUUCCUUUAAAUUUAAUUGACCAUGUGUAGGAAAAUCUGUGAGACACUGAGGAAUUUUCACCUCUGAUCUACAUUGUAUCUUUUGUAUAAAAGAAUGAUACUAAUGUUGAGCUAUGGCUCCCUGCUAAUCUGAUUUUCGGAAAUACUGUCCUCAUGAUUUGUUUGAAAGAUUACACCGCUAUCUUGUUGGA